AUCCAUGUGGAUCUUGUGCUCUUUUUUCUUUUUCUCUUUCCAUUCCCCAUUUCUUAUAAAUUCAUCUCACUUCUUCUUCAUUUUUCCCUCACACACACAUUCACUCACUAUUCUCAUCUUUUCUCUCUUCUCUACUCAACAUACAUACAUUUUCAGGAAUUUUGGCUUGAGUAGUAAUGGCAAAAGAACAAAUUCAGGUGCUAAAUGCACUUGAUGUGGCUAAAACACAAUGGUAUCAUUUCACUGCAAUUGUCAUAGCUGGUAUGGGAUUCUUCACUGAUGCAUAUGAUUUGUUCUGUAUAUCCCUUGUUACCAAGUUGCUCGGCCGCAUAUACUACCACGUUGAGGGUGCGGGAAAGCCCGGUACAUUGCCACCCAAUGUAUCAGCUGCUGUAAAUGGUGUUGCUUUCUGUGGAACACUUUUAGGACAGCUUUUCUUUGGCUGGCUUGGGGAUAAGUUGGGAAGAAAAAAAGUCUACGGCAUGACCCUCAUGACGAUGAUAAUCUGCUCUGUUUGUUCUGGCCUUUCUUUUGGACACACUCCAAAAUCUGUUAUGGCAACUCUCUGCUUCUUCCGCUUCUGGCUCGGGUUCGGUAUUGGUGGAGACUACCCUCUUUCCGCUACCAUAAUGUCAGAGUAUUCUAAUAAGAAGACUCGAGGCGCCUUCAUUGCUGCUGUCUUUGCCAUGCAAGGUUUUGGAAUUUUGGCAGGUGGUGUAUUUGCAAUCAUAAUUUCAUCCUUAUUCAACACUUGGUUUGAAGCACCAUCAUAUGCGGUUGAUCCAGUUCGAUCUACUGUUCGACAAGCAGACUACAUGUGGAGGAUAAUUGUGAUGGUUGGAGCAAUCCCAGCAGCAAUGACCUUUUAUUCGCGGUCAAAGAUGCCAGAAACCGCUCGUUACACCGCUUUAGUUGCUAAGAACACGGCACAGGCUGCAGCAGAUAUGUCUAAGGUUUUACAGGUUGAGAUUGAAGCUGACCAGCAGAAAGAUGAGCCAGAAAAAACUAAAUCAUAUGGCUUGUUCUCAAAAGAGUUCUUCAGGAGACAUGGAAUACAUCUACUUGGUACAUCAAGCACUUGGUUCUUGCUUGAUAUAGCAUUUUAUAGUCAAAAUCUCUUCCAGAAAGAUAUUUUCAGCGCAAUUGGUUGGAUACCUGCUCCACAAACCAUGAAUGCAAUUGAAGAGGUGUACAAAAUUGCGCGAGCUCAAACGCUUAUUGCUCUAUGCAGUACGGUUCCAGGCUACUGGUUUACAGUGGCUCUCAUUGACAGAAUUGGGAGAUUCAAAAUCCAAUUGAUGGGAUUCUUCUUUAUGACCGUCUUCAUGUUUUCGCUUGCCAUUCCUUAUGAACACUGGACUCAUAAGGAAAACAGAAUAGGAUUUGUGGUAAUGUAUUCCUUAACCUUCUUCUUUGCAAAUUUUGGGCCUAAUGCUACAACAUUUGUUGUGCCGGCAGAGAUUUUCCCUGCUAGAUUCCGAUCCACUUGCCACGGAAUAUCAUCUGCAUCCGGGAAGCUUGGAGCUAUGGUUGGUGCAUUUGGGUUCUUGUAUUUGGCACAAAACCAGGACAAGAGUAAAGCUGAUGCAGGGUACCCUGCAGGUAUUGGUGUGAAGAAUUCACUGAUUCUCUUGGGUGUGGUUAACAUUUUGGGGUUCUUGUGUACUUUCAUGGUACCUGAGGCAAGUGGAAAAUCUUUAGAGGAGAUGUCAGGUGAGAAUGAAGAGGAAGAAGGAAAUAGAGAAGAUGUUUAGGCUAUGAGUUUUAUGUGGACUGUUAUUGUAAUGUAGUUGUAGUAGUUCCUUCAAUUUGGUAGGGUAGCACUUAAGCUUUUUCUUCAUCUGUCCUAAUCUCUCUCUCAAAUUUUGCAAGGACAUUAUCAAAGAGAGAUUUUGGAGCAUUAGUUCUUAGAAUAUUUGCGUGUAAACUAAAGUAGUAUGCUUGCUUUAUUUCUUUUCCUUAA